UAAAGAAAAAACAGAUGUAUUUCCAGCUAUUGCCCUAUAUAUAAAACUAUAAAUUAUCCUCUCUUUUCUCUUUUUCCGUUUUUGUAAAAGCCAUUACUUCUGGAUUUCCAUUUACUGUUCCCCUUUCCUUCUCUCUCUCCUCUUUUCUCUCUCUCUACUCGACGGAAAAUCUCUUCAUCUCGCCGGCAAACCACUUUUCCGUUCACCGGUGAAUAACAAACUUGGCGGAUAAUUCAACCGCACUCGCUCUUCGGAUGGCGUUUUCGAGUAACUGAGUUAACUCGGUUGGUGUAAUCGCUCUGAUCUCCGAGUUUGUCUCGUUUUGUGCAGUGUUAAGGGAAUGUGGCGAGUCUAAGGCUGUUUUUCUGUCUUAUUUCGCCCUAGAUCCUGAUCUAGGGCUUAACUGACGGUCAUAUUGUUGUUUUUGGCUAUUGUUUUGGUUAUAUUUUUUCUCCAAAAGUAAAUAAAGACGAAGAACUGUAAGGAAAAGCUUCGUAAUGAGAUGGUGGAAGGGAGAGUUUGCAUGUCGAGAGAGGCUAAAUUGGAAUUUUUGAAGCGAAAGAGGCUUCAACGAAUGAAGACAGAAUCUUUGAAUGAUCCCGCUUGUGUCAGCAAUAUGCUGAAUAGAAGUGGAGGAGAUGCCCUAAGAUCUCCUGCUUCAUGUGGUGUGAGAAUCCAGGUCAAUACUGAUUCAUAUCCAGGAUCUGGGGCUUCUUUUACUGGAAAAGAUGUUUUCUCGAAGCACAAGGUAGCAAAGUUUGACUCCUCCAAUCUGGACUGGAUUGAUAAAAUUCCAGAAUGUCCAGUUUACUAUCCAAAUAAAGAGGAGUUUGAGGAUCCUCUUGUUUAUCUCCAGAAGUUAGCUCCUGAAGCUUCUAAAUAUGGUAUAUGCAAAAUUGUUGCCCCUAUAACAGCUUCUGUUCCUGCUGGAAUUGUCUUGAUGAAAGAGAAGGCUGGCUUUAAAUUUUCUACUAGGGUACAGCCACUUCGCCUAGCUGAAUGGGACACAGACGACAAGGUCACCUUUUUCAUGAGUGGAAGGAACUAUUCAUUUCGAGAUUUCGAGAAAAUGGCGAACAAGGUAUUUUCUCGUCGAUAUUAUAGUGCUGGAUGCCUUCCUCCUACAUACUUGGAAAAAGAAUUUUGGCAUGAAAUAGCUUGUGGAAAGACUGAUAGUGUGGAAUAUGCCUGUGAUGUUGAUGGUAGUGCGUUUUCUACUUCUCCUAAUGAUCAGCUCGGAAAAAGCAAAUGGAAUUUGAAGGGUCUUUCUCGAUUGCCUAAAUCAGUAUUACGACUUCUUGAAAAAACGAUCCCGGGAGUUACUGAACCUAUGCUGUAUAUUGGAAUGCUAUUUAGUAUGUUCGCUUGGCACGUGGAAGACCACUACUUAUAUAGUAUCAAUUAUCAGCACUGCGGGGCUGCAAAAACGUGGUAUGGUAUUCCAGGUCAUGCAGCACUUGACUUCGAGAAGGUUGUCCGGGAGCAUGUUUAUACCAAUGAUAUCUUAUCAGCUGAGGGAGAGGAUGGAGCUUUUGAUGUGCUUUUGGGGAAGACAACAUUGUUUCCUCCUAAUAUUUUGUCAGAGCAUGGCGUACCUGUGUAUAAAGCUGUUCAAAAACCUGGGGAAUUCGUGGUAACUUUUCCUAGAGCGUAUCAUGCAGGAUUUAGUCAUGGUUUUAAUUGUGGUGAGGCCGUGAACUUUGCAACUGGCGAUUGGUUUCCUAUGGGUUCAAUUUCUAGCCGUCGCUAUGCUCUUCUUAACAGGGUGCCUUUACUUCCCCAUGAGGAACUUCUCUGCAAAGAAGCAAUGCUUCUGUAUACGAGUUUGGAACUGGAAGAUCCGGACUAUUCCUCUGUAGACUUGGUCACCCAUCAUAACAUCAAAGUUUCCUUUUUGAAUUUGAUGCGGUUUCAGCAUCGUGCUCGUUGGUGCCUCGCAAAAUUAAAAGCAUUUUCAGGCAUAACUUUGUUCACACAUGGUACCAUUCUUUGCAGCAUAUGCAAGCGUGAUUGUUAUGUAGCUUAUCUCAACUGCAACUGCUAUGCACAUGCAGUGUGCCUUCGCCAUGAUCCUAGGUCACUUGAUUUUCCUUGCGGCAGCAGUAGAACCCUUUGCUUAAGGGAAGAUAUAUUGGACAUGGAGGAUGCAGCUAGACAGUUUGAGCUGGAUAAGAUGGUUUUGCAUGAAGUUCAACAGCAAUCUAGAAAAAUCGAUGACUUUUCUCUUUUAAACAUGUUUCCACGAGCUGAGGAUGAUGGCUAUGUUCCAUAUUGUGAAAUCAAUUUCGAUUGGGGAGCAGUUGAACAGACAACUUAUGAGGAAACACCCAAUGCUUCUGCUCCUGUUGCGUCUGAUCUUGACUCCUCAAUGGAGCCACAAUAUAAUCUUUCCACUGGUGUUAAUGUACAGGGAAAUGCUAACUGUAACUUAGGGGAUAGUUCAUCAAUGAAGCUCCAUGGCGAUUUUUCUAGUUGUGGAAGUGAAAGAUCAGAGAUUUCAUCAAGUGCUAACAGUUUUAAAGUCCAUCAGGAAGUAGCUCAUGAGACGGAUUGUAGGACUGUUAUAGAUCAAGAUAGUGAUGAGUCUGAUACAGAAAUUUUCAGGGUGAAGAGGCGCCCCCGAGCAGAACAUAGAAGCGUACUUGAUUCAAUGUCUAUCAACAUUGAGAACCAGAGUUUUAAAAGAUUAAAGAAACAUCAAUCAGGACGGUUGGGGCCAUUAUCUUUGCCAGAGUGUUCUUCGGCUAAUGAUAUAGAUCAUAGAUCCCUUGCUGUUUCAAGCCAAUCUAAGGAAGCUUUGGACUUUCAUCCCAGAGACAAGUCAGUCAGAGGUGGUACAGUUUCUGUCUCCAUUAAGUUGAAGAAAGGGGAUGCUAACGAACAAGCAUUGAACAAGCAAGAUGAGCACAAGAGAGAUCACAGGUUCCAGUUUGAAUUGGGGCAGAGUAAGAGGGAACCACCCAGAAUAGAGAGUGGGUCGAAGCGUUUGAAAGUCAGAGGUGCUUCAGUUUUAGGGUUUGGAGGCAGGAUGGAUCGAAUAGAUAGCUAACUGAAAAAGUAAAGAGAAUCUUGGCUUGCUUGCCUCUGGAGGGUGGUGGCUUAUAGAACCUGACUUUGCUAACAGAUAUUCUCUAACAACACGAUAAAGAAAGCUAAGCAUUUUGGAGGGGGAGCAGCAUUGCAACUUUUUAACUCAAGCUUUAGAUUAAAGAGGUAUAUUCUUUGUGCAGGCCUCUAAAGUGAGGCAAGUAGCACACCGGUGAUUCAUAUUGUUCUCGAUCGAGGGUGCUUUUCUGUCUCUUUGGCAGGAGAACCUCUCUCCUUCCCUAUUCCACUGCAGAUAGUAGAUUUCAGAUUUCGGUUUAUUAGUGACAUUCUCUCAAUGUACAUUUGAUUUUUAACAAAUUGAUCCGAUUCUUGUGAGGUGCAAAUGGGUAUUCCCAGUAGCCCUCUGAUUUUAAUGUCAAGUCUGCUGCCUCCCUAGUUUAGGGUUCAUUAUUCUUUUGUAGCUACAGGUCUUUUUUUGGCUUGAGACUACAUCAAUAAAUACAGAAUUUUUUCCCUUGCAA